AUGAAUACCAUUGAAGAAAUUGACAUAGAUUACUUGAUUACAUUGAUACAGGAAAGGGAAAUUAUAUGGGACAAGUCAAACGUAGAUUUUAAAAAUAAAAAUUUAAAAACAAAAGCCUGGGAAGACAUAUCAAAAGUUUUAUUUCCUGAUUACGAGAAUUUCAGAGCUGAACGAAAAAAUAAAGUUGGUAAUGAUUUAAUAAAAAAAUGGAGAAGUGUAAAAGAUAAUUACUUCAGAUAUUCAAAAAAAUUAAAAGAAGCAUCAAAAUCGGGCUCGGGCGCUACGAAACUGAAGAAGUAUCAUUUAUACAAUCAACUCCUUUUUUUGAGAAAAGUGGAACAAAAUGCCACCGAAUCUAGCUUAGACUCGCCUAGAGAAAUCAACAAUGAAUCUACGUCUACAAAUGAUGACAUUACCACAGACAACACUCCGCGCUAUGUUCCAGUCGCGCGCAAAAGGGCAAUGCAAAUGGAUGAGUUUGAAAGAGAAGGACUAAAACUUCUCAAGGAGCCGGAAAAUCGCCAUAUGUCCUUUUUCAGAGCUAUAUUGCCAUCUAUUCAAGAAUUUUCCGACCGAGAAACUCUCCGUUUCCAAAGUAAAGUUAUACAAAUUAUAGAUGAAAUGCGGUAUGGACAAACAUCAUCAUAUGUGAGUGGCCCAUCAACGUCUCACCAACCACCAUAUGGGUAUCAAACAGCAAAUUUUCAAAGUACAUACAUUUCUGAUUUUAAUAAUUCAAUUACAUCUCCAGAAACAUCUCAAGCAAGUGAAGAAACUGAAUACGAUUUUUCUAAUUUGUAAUUACUGGAUGAUAUCUCUCUUAAAUAAUGUCUAAAUUUAAAAUUAUGACAAUUGCUGAUUAUUUGUGAGUUGAUUACUCUCUUAAAUAAUGUCUAAAUUUAAAAUUAUGACAAUUGCUGAUUAUUUGUGAGUUGAUUACUAAUUAAACAAACCAAAAAAACUGU